UCAGCUCUGAAAGAGGGACGUGCAUUCACAGGAUGCCUCUGAACAAUGAGAGGAAAUUCGCUUUACAACAUGAAUCUAGACACUACGAUUCAAACGGGCACCUUCAACAGAUCAUGACUUUUCUGAAUUGCGCUGAGGAUUAUUUUAGAUUAGUUAUGGAGGAAAAUGGUGGUUGUAAUUCUUGUUUGACAACAAUCAAGGUGCUGCGAGUUUCUCUCGUGGAUGAACUCGAAGGAUGCAUUGACUCUCUGCUGGAACUCUUGGUAAUUCGAGAGGUGUUCACUCGUGAUGACCGUGAGGAGGUGUUGUGUCGGCUGGGGCCACGGGCAAGAGUUAGAAAGGUGUUGGAUAUCCUGGAGUGUAAAGGCGAGGAAGCAGCAAAGAUUUUUUUCUCAAUUUGCAGUCAUCAUCAGCAAGAAGCACAAAUGCACUCCAAAGAAGGCAACACAGAUCAGUCUCAGUCUGUAGAGUAUAACAAAGUCAAACAAAAGCAUAAAGAUGUCCUCAAGCGCCGGAGUGAGAGCAUGCUCUUCUACAACACUCGACACGGAGAGAAAAUUGCUUUCUCUGAACAUUAUGUCAGUCUCUUGUUGGUCGAUGGACACCAGGGAUUAGAAAUAAAAAGACAUGAGGUCCUGGCGUUUGGACAAAAGCGACUAUCGUUGCAGCAGAAGUCAGCAGUGCAUCGGAAAAUUGCACCAGCCAAACUCUUUUCAAGCACAAAUGGGAACUGUCCAGUCAAGAAGGUUCUGGUGACAGGGGUGGCGGGCAUUGGGAAAACCGUCCUGGUGCAGAAGAUGCUGUUAGAUUUUGGGGGGAAUAAGGAAAGUCUUGCAUUUGACUUCAUCAUCCACAUGACCUUCAGAGACCUAAAUCUGAUUGACAAACCUACAAACUUGCGGGAGUUGAUUUUGCGUAAAAACAGGCACCUGGCAAAGGAACUGGAUAACAUUUUAGCGAAUGACAACAAACUGCUGAUCAUUUUGGAUGGUUUUGAUGAGUUCAGACACUACAGGAGCUGUGAUAUGAACGUAUAUGUGACUGAGCCAGAUGAAGAUGCAGAAGUGGUGGAGGUCCUUGGGAGUUUGAUGCAAGGUGAACUGCUGCCCAAUGCUUCUGUCAUGCUCACAAGUAGACCUUCGGCAAUCAACCACAUUCCUGUGGGCUGCAUUGACCGCUUUGUGCUCAUUGCCGGCUUCUCCUUGGCUGAAGUUCAAGACUUCUUCUUGCGUUACUUCCAAGACCGUGCCCUUGCUUACCGCAUGUUCGCCGUAGUAUCAGAGAAUGAACUAAUGCUGACUCUGUGCUACAUACCUGCAUUUUGCUACAUUGUGUGCUGCAUCCUCAAAGAAAGCAAAGACCUCAGUGGAGAGAGCCCCAAGACCAUGACAGACAUUUAUGUGCAGUAUCUGGUGGCCUUGCUUCGCUCUCACACCCAAGGAAGAGCCGAAACAUUUCUUCAAGAGCAAAGAGCAGGGCACGUCCAGCAGCUGUCUGAUAUUGUGUUGAAGCUGGGUCGACUCGCUUUUCACAAGCUUAUGGAGCAUCAAACACUAUUCUACAGCAGCGACCCAGAUAUUGCAGCGUUAGAGGGAUGCAGCCUUGUUAGUACCUUCCUUGACAAGACAGUGGCACAAGAGCCUGGCUGCACUGAAGAGGUUUACUCCUUUGUACACCUUACUGUUCAAGAGUUCUUUGCUGCAGUUUAUUGUGCAGUGACAGAUCACCCUUUACCCGAUGCACUUCAGCACACCGCAAGUCCUGGGGAGGGGUCCAACUACGGACAUUUGGACCUUUUCAACCGCUUCCUCUCUGGAAUUCUCUCGGAACGCAACGCUAAUCUUCUCUCUAGGCAGGUGGGGCUGUGUUGCCAACAGGAAAAAGUGGACACCUAUCGUCAGAGGAUCAUCAGAGAACUUACGAUGCUCUGCGAGACUGGGGCCCAUAUCCUAAACCAUUUACACUGCCUGUUUGAGCAACAGGACCCCUCUUUGGCUCUUGAUGUACAACCAAAGACAUUACGAAUUAAUGUUAGUGAUGAAACACUCUCCCAAAUGGAUUACAAUACCAUCAACUACUUCCUGAACCUUACAAAGGGUGAAAUAUCAGAGUUGGAUCUGACAGGGACGGGAGUAAGCUUCCACGCACUUAGAGAUAUUCAGCCCCAGCUACUCAGAUGUAAGAGUCUUUGGCUUGGAGAAAACCACCUCGACAUGGACACAGUUCAGGUCAUUGCUGAUGUGCUUCAAGAGUCAGAAAGUAUAACCCACCUAGGACUUGGAUGGUCAAACAUUGGUGAUGAUGAACUACUGGCUCUUUCUAGCGCCAUACGGGUGAAAAGAAAGCUUCAGGAAUUGUGGAUGGAGGGAAACAGAGUGAGCCACAGAGGUCUGCUGUCACUCACUGACUUGACUCCAAAUCCUCUGACAAAAGUUGUAGCCAUAUGGAAUGACCUGACUGACACAGAUCCAGAGUCCUUGUGCACCAAAGAAAGCAUAACUGUGAACUUCACAGAUGACGAUAUGUGGGGUGGGUGGGGGGGGUGGGUCUUCAAAAGGUGUGAGGUGAGCAGCAACGAGAAGUUACUGAUGGUACUCCACAAAGUGUGCAACAUAUCGGCCCACUGCUUGGAAGCCCAGUGGGCGAAGACCUUCUACAAGCAACUAUCACAGCUGAUCAAGCACAGGAUUGAGUGCUGCACCGAGGACGACAUCUGCAAGAAGCUCAAAAAGUUUGAGAGCAUUUUAAACCUCUGACAGACAGAGAUCUAGCAAACUAAAAUCAAGUAAAUUAUAAGCUAUAAUAUACAGCACCAGUGUCUGUUUGAUGCUGAAUGCUUUCUGAACUUCUUACUUCCUGAAAAUACAUUUCUUUAAUGUUUCAGUGGGAGUAAACCAGCAACAUAAAUAUGUGAUAAGAUAACGUCUAAUAAGCUUUCCUAAAUGCAUAAUUAUUUAAAGUAGCAUUUAAAGUAGGUCCAUAUCUUAUGAAACAUCCAAUCCAAUCCAAUCCAACUUUAUUUGUUAAGCACUUUAAAAACAACUAAAGUUGACCAAAGUGCUGUACAGGAGAAUAAAUAAGACAUCAUAAAUGUAAACAGUGACAGCUGGGGCAAGCAGCAGUCCAAGUCGCCACCUACAGACAGGUUACUGUAAAUCAUUCCAUGGGGGACAAAAUGAAUCCCCGAAACGGUCAGCUCGGAAAGUGAACAACCAGUAUCACUACCAACUGUGUAGGAAGAUCAAAAUGGAUAAUUGGCCAGUACGGGGAUCGAACCCGCGACCUUGGCGUUAUUAGCACCACGCUCUAACCAACUGAGCUAACCGGCCACGUUCAACCCACCUACUUGACCUAUAUGGUACAGUCGUAUUCACCGAGUUAACAUUUCUUAUGUCUAUUAAUUGUGCUUUCUUUUCUUUGGAUAUGUUCACGGUAGGCCCUUUUAACCCCCUCCCCCCCAACACACA